AUGGUUGACCGAAAGAGAACUAUAGCUGUGAGGUCUGAGGACGAAGACGAAGACGAUGUUCCGUUAAACAAAAAGACCAAGGUGGAGACGGAAGACAAAGUGAGAAUCAAGAACGAAAACAACGACAACAAAGUGAAAAUCAAGACUGAAGACGACGAUGAUGUCGACGACGCAGAGCAAAAUGGAAACGUUGUCAAAGAGGAGAACGGAAGCGAGAAUGAGCAUGAAGACGGCGACGGUGAUGCCGAGGGUGAUGCCGAGGAUGACGGGGAUGCAGAUGGCGACGGAGAGGGCGACGAGGACGAGGACGAUGAAGUGGAAGAGGAGAAAAAGAGAAUUACAAACAUCAACUUUGACGGAGAGAUAUACACAUUCAAGGAGAGACCAUCUGUGGUGGAAGAGAACGAAGGCAAGAUUGAAUUCAGAGUGGUCAACAAUGACAACACCAAGGAUAGCAUGAUUGUGCUAACAGGGCUCAAGAACAUUUUCCAAAAACAGUUGCCCAAAAUGCCACGCGAGUACAUUUCUAGAUUGGUCUACGAUCGAUCGCACCUCUCGAUGGCGGUCAUCCGUAAACCACUAACAGUAGUGGGAGGCAUCACCUACCGACCGUUCAACGAGCGAGAGUUUGCCGAGAUUGUGUUUUGCGCCAUUUCUUCAACGGAGCAAGUGCGAGGUUACGGUGCUCACUUGAUGAAUCACUUGAAGGACUACGUGCGGGCCACAUCGCCCAUCAAGUAUUUUCUAACCUACGCCGACAACUAUGCAAUUGGAUAUUUCAAAAAGCAAGGGUUCACCAAGGAAGUGUCCUUGGACAAAUCGGUGUGGAUGGGGUACAUCAAAGACUAUGAAGGAGGCACGCUAAUGCAAUGCUCGAUGCUUCCUUGGAUUCUUCGCUACCUCGACCUGGGCAAGAUCUUGCUCUUGCAAAAGGCUGCAAUUGAGCGCAAGAUCAGGCUGCGAUCGAAAUCAAACGUGGUUCGACCAGGAUUACAGAUAUUCAAGAAUAACAAGAAUGCGGUGUUGGACUUUAAGGAUAUCCCCGGUUUGGCAGAAGCCGGUUGGCUGGAAGAGAUGGAUAAACUCGCGCAGAAACCAAAGCGUGGCCCUCACUACAACUUUAUGGUCACCUUGUUCUCGGAUAUGCAAAACCACCCCUCGGCUUGGCCGUUUGCUGUCCCAGUCAACAAGGACGAAGUUCCAGACUACUACGAGGUGAUCAAAGAGCCCAUGGACUUGUCGACGAUGGAGCUGAAACUCGAGAAUGACAAGUACGAGUCGUUUGAGCAAUUUCUUUACGAUGCCAGGCUCAUUUUCAAAAAUUGUCGCUCCUACAACGGCGAAACAACGACAUAUUUCAAAAAUGCAAACAAGUUGGAAAAAUUCAUGAAUAACAAGAUCAAGGAGAGUGCUGAGUACUCUCAUUAUCUAGACUCAUAA